AUGGCGAAAGACGACACUCGGAAAGUAGGAGAGAUAGACGGUGUGCCCGCAGAAAGAAAAGGCGUAAGGCCCGAUUUCUCGACACCGCCGCCGCGAAAAGCAUUGCCCAAGGAAAUCCAAGAUACCCUCAACGACGACGAGAAGAUGUGGGAAAUCGUCUACGACGGCGAAGGUGAAGAUACCACAGAAACCAACCUCCGCUAUGCCGCCUACGCCUCCCGCAUCCGCACCAUCAUGCUCUCCGCCCACCGCUACGUAGCCUACACCUCCGACAUAGGCGAAUCCUUCCGUCCCAUUGCACAUCCGUACCUUGUAAAAGGUGCCUACGGUAUCUCAUGGCUCUACCUCAUGGGCGACGUCUCGCACGAAGGCUACAAAGCAUACGUCCGAAAUCAGCGUAUCUUGCACCCGGAAAACUAUAUGGACGAAACUGCAGACAAGAUGCUUGCGCCUAGCCAAAACCAGGAUCUGGCAGCUACAGGCAAAGGCUCGGGGAUAUUCGAUAAGGUGCAGGAGCUUGCGCGCAAUGCGAAGAGUACAGAGGGUGUCAAGUAUGGAGAUGCGGGUACGGCGUUGACGGGGGGCAAGGUGGUGGCGGGCAAGAUACCGGUGAUUGAGGAUUACAGGGCUGUUAUGGCGCAGAGAGCUGUGUUUCAGGCUGUGGCUAGUAUGGGGUUGCCGGCGUUUACUAUUCACAGUAUUGUGAGGUAUUCGGGACGGGCGCUCAAGGAUGCUAAGAAUAAGACGUUGAGGACGUGGGGGCCGAUUGGACUUGGUCUUGCCGCUGUGCCUUUCCUACCAUACAUGUUCGAUGAACCGGUUGAACAUGCGACGGAAUGGAUAUUCUAUAACGCUUUCAAGGCGAUUGGUGGUGAGAAGGCGGUUGAGGGAAGGCCGGUGACGGGCGCGAAGGAGUUGAGGAAAGAGGAGACGGAGUCCAACAAGCUGAAGAAGGAGUUGUAA